AUGUCAUCGACCACCCGAAAGAAAAGUUUUAUUCCAAAAAGUGUAAAAAAAAAUGUACCUACCACCCAACGCGGCGCCUCAAAUCGGAAAGAUGCCCAUGGUGAGCUAAAACCAUCAAAGAACAAACCUAACGCUGGAAACAAAGUUUCUAAAACGACCCACGGCGCGACGUCUAAUACCGUUGAAGAAAAAAAGAAAGGGACUGCGAAUGAAGGCAGUAAGAGUGAUUCGGAGAGAUUUAGUGACUGCAUCCCCCAUCUUUACACGGAAGAUGACUCCAACACCAUUAACAUCCUUCUGCUUGGCGAAACUGGCGUAGGCAAAUCCACAUUCAUCAACUCCUUCGCCAACUACGUGAACAGCAAAACCUUCGACGAGGCCAAAAAUAAGAAAAUCGUUGUCGUUAUACCAACACAAGUCACAGUCUACGACGCAAAUGGAAAAAUGAAAACCAUAACAGUGGGCAAAGAUGACAACGAAGAACAACAAGUGGGCUCGUCGGCCACCCAGUCGGUUAAAACGUACGUAUUCCCAGCGGACCACAGACACAUCCGCCUGAUCGACACUCCGGGGCUUGGGGACACCGAGGGUGUGGAAAAAGACGAUCAACACUGCGAAGAAAUUUUAGCUUAUCUGGAUCAACUAAAUCAUAUAAACGCCAUCUGUUUAUUAAUGAAACCUUCGAACGAAAGGAACACGAUAUUUUUUCAAUAUUGCGUCCAACGGAUCUUGUCGCAGUUUCACAAGAGCGCUUGCAAGAACGUGGUUUUUCUGUUCACGAAUACCAAAGGCAGUGAUUAUACUCCAGGUUCCACGCUGCCCAUUUUGUUAGACUUGACGACAAAAAUCACGGAGAAUAUUUCCAUAUCGAAGACGAACUAUUUUUGUCUCGACAACGAUCCUUUUAAACAAUUGCUGGCGUUAGGGCACAAGGUAGCUUUGUCGAUGGCGACGAUGAAAAGCUGUCGGACCAGCUGGAAAUUUUCUUCCCAAGAAAUUCGGAGAUUCGUGGAUCACGUUACAGCACUGGAGCCUCAUGAUGUAAGGCACACCGUCAGCAUUAACAAAACGAGGAAUUUGGUUCUUGAAUUAUCGAAACCGUUGUCGGACAUUUUUCAGCUCUUACAACAAAAGAUCAUGGAUCUCCAAAAAAAGGAGGAAGAAUCGAAGAAAGCAGACUUAAACAUCAAUGAACUGAAGAAAAAACUUUAUAAAUCGACCGUCGACUGGGAAACAAUUCGUCUCAAACAUCCAGUUUUGGUUUGUACAAAUUCGAGUUGUCCAAAGCUCGAAAAGGUCGAAAACAAGACAAAGUUUUGUCAUCAAACGAAAUGUCUGGAUCGGUGUUGGAUAGGAAAAAUUAACCAUGAAAAAGUGGGCCACUGGAGUCUCAGGUUUUGCAACCAAAUCGGUUUCUUUAAUUUCAUUUGUAAACACUGCCAAUGUUCUGGUUCGAAGCACGUGAAUGUCUACUACGAAACUAAAAUUGUGGAAAAGCAGGUCGUAGACGAAAGUGUGCAGACGACUAUCAAGAGCGAAAAAGAACAGCGCGAAGAGCUAAACGAACUCAUCAAGAGCUUGGUGCAGGAAAAGGAAGAACUCAUCAAGGAGGAGCAGUUCAUCAGCGAGUGUGCUGCGAAGUUUGCGCAUUUUUUAGAAAACAAUGUCAUCACGACUGCAUACGAUAUUUACAGGGAGUACCUCAACUUAUCACUUGAAAGAGAGAGGAGUUUUGGAAGCGAAGCUAAUUCCAAAGUCGUUACCAAUCUACAGAGCGCUUUAGAAAAGCACGAUGAAUUGAUAAAGUUUCUUAAGGAGAAUAAGAAACUUCAAGACGGAGAAGAGAUCACUGCUAAAAGCAUAGAAGAUGACACUGAAAAACUUUUUAAGCUGGAGCGUAUGGGGCCCAAGAUUCAAGAAAUUGUCGAUGCAAGAACAGAGUGUGUUCAGAAUGGAAUUAAAGCAAACUUCAAGUCUGUUAUCACUAAAAAAAUUCCGCCCUGGUUUUUCAAUAAAGCCUUGGAAGCGGUAUCUUAUAUUCAGAACAAAGCUUCGGAAUUAUCGAAGUUUGAUACGCAAGCAUUUCCACGACUGGAGAAUGGAGGAUCUACGAUCUAUCCCGACUACCAUUAAUGUCUUCCCCGCUGUUCUUGUGCAAUUGUUAUGUUGUUAACACUUAUUAUAUGCAUUGUUUUCAAAA